AUGGUAACAUGGAAGGAAUGCCAACAGCGUUUAUCCACAACAACAUCCGUGUCUUCAAUCUUGCAAAAUGAUCAGUUGAGCAAAAACCGUUAUUAUAUCAGUUCCAUUGUUGAUAUUGUUCAUUUUCUUUGUGCAAACAAAUUGCCUUUUCGAGGAAACGAAAACGAAGCUUUUCAGGAUCUUUAUUUGGGAGAUGACACACAGCCUUGUGGUCUUUUUAUGAAAUUAUUCCAGUACACAUUAGAGAAAGACUCAAAGCUAAUGGAAUGUUACAGCACGAUUCAAAAAAAUGCGAAUUAUACCUCAGCAGCAAUGCAAAACGAAAUCAUCGAAUUGUUGAGAAGACGCACUGUCAGCCUUAUGGUCAAUGAAAUAAAAUGUUCCGAUGUUCCUUAUUUUACGUUGAAAUGUGACGGAAUGCAUGAUUUUAGUAAUACUGAAAUUCUUGCAAUUGUUAUUAGGUACUUGAAAAACGGCAGGGUUCUGGAAAAAUUAGUUGCAAUGCCAACUACUCAAUAUUAUGAUGCUGAAACAUUGGCCCACUUUGACCCGAAGCGUAUGUUGUCACAAUGCUAUGAUGGUGCUUCGGAGAUGUCUGGCAAAAUAGGCAGCGUGCAAAGAAAGAUUCAGAAUCGACUUGAGAAAUAUAUACCCUAUGUUCAUUGUCUUAAUCAUCAGUUGCAUCUUGUGGUGGUUAACACAAUAAAGCGGAUUUCAGAAUUAGCUACAUUCUUCAUAAUUUUAUUAAAUGGCCAAAGAUAG